AUGCAGUCUCAAUAUCAUGAGCAUGUUCUUAACUUGACAAAAAGGAAGCCUAAACCAGGUUCUCCAGCUGGUGGCGGCGCCAUUAGUGGGGACACCCCAUACAUCAGCAGCAAGAUCAGCCUUAUCUCCAAGGCGGAGAUCCGCUACGAGGGCAUACUCUACACCAUCGACACCGAGAACUCCACCAUAGCUCUCGCCAAAGUUCGGUCCUUUGGUACAGAAGACAGACAAACAGAUUAUCCAAUACCACCUCGAGAUGAAGUCUUUGAAUACAUUAUAUUCCGUGGAAGUGAUAUUAAAGACCUCACUGCUUGUGAGCCGACAAAACCACAAUGUUCUUUGCCUCAGGACCCAGCUAUCGUUCAGUCUUCACUAGGCUCAUCUACUUCUUCAUUCCAGUCAGUGGGUUCCUAUGGACCUUUUGGCAGGAUGUCGAUGUACAGUCAGUUCAGUCCAAGUUCAUUAGUUGAGCAGCAAUUUGGUGCUGUUGGUGUUGCUGGAAGCUCCUUGACAUCCUUUGGAACAGAAACAUCAAACAGCGGUACCCUGUCCCAAAGUAGUGCAGUCGGUUCUGCCUUUACACAGGAUACAAGAUCUGUAAAAACACAGUUAUCUCAAGCUGAUAUACACAAAGUUUCAAGACCAGAAAAUGAGCAACUUAGAAAUGAUAGCAAGAGACAAAUAGUUCCAGGUGCUCUUUCAGUUCCAAGGAGAGGGUGUGGGAGUCAUCGAGGUGGCAGGGGAAGAUUUGGUAUUCGGCGAGAUGGUCCUAUGAAAUUUGAGAAAGACUUUGAAAGUGCAAAUGCACCAUUUAACAAGGAGGAAAUUGACAGAGAGUUUCAUAAUAAACUUAAAUUGAAAGUGGAAGAUAAACUUGAGAAACAGGAGAAGCCUAUAAAUGGUGAAGAUAAAGGAGACUCAGGUGUUGAUACUCAAAACAGUGAAGGAAAUGCAGAUGAAGAAGAUCCACUUGGACCUAAUUGCUAUUAUGACAAAACUAAAUCCUUCUUUGAUAACAUUUCUUGUGAUUAUAAUAGAGAAUGGAGACCGACCUGGGCUGAAGAAAGAAGAUUAAAUGCUGAAACAUUUGGAAUCCCACUUCAUCCAAACCGAGGCCAUGGGGGGGGGUACAGAGGCAGAGGAGGUCUUGGUUUCCUUGGUGGCUGAGGGCGUGGUGAUGGUAGAGCUUGUACCUCCACCACCCCUCAAGGAUUUUGUAGUGGAUUCAGAGGAGGUCGUGGGAGCAGGGAAUUUGCAGAUUUUGAAUAUAGGAAAGACAACAAAGUUGCUGCAUAGUCUACAAACAAGUCUUUGGAAAUAGG